GCCCCAACAUCUGUACCACACGGGGGGUGAGUUCCUGCCAGCAGUGUUUGGCCGUGAGCCCUGUGUGCGCCUGGUGCUCAGAUGAGGCCCUGCCUCUGGGCUCACCUCGCUGUAACCUGAAGGAGAAUCUUCUGAAGGAUGACUGUGCCUCGGAGUACAUUGAGUUUCCGAUCAGUGAGGCCCAAAUACUGGAGGCCAGGCCCCUCAGCGACAAGGGCUCUGGAGACAGCUCCCAGGUUACUCAAGUCAGUCCCCAGAGGAUUGCAUUGCGGCUCCGUCCAGAUGAUUCGAAGAAUUUCUCCAUCCAAGUGCGGCAAGUGGAGGAUUAUCCUGUGGACAUCUACUACCUGAUGGACCUGUCUUACUCCAUGAAGGAUGACCUAUGGAGCAUCCAGAACCUGGGGACCAAGCUGGCCUCCCAGAUGCGCAAGCUCACCAGUAACCUGCGGAUUGGCUUUGGGGCCUUUGUUGACAAGCCUGUGUCACCAUACAUGUUUAUCUCCCCACCGAAGGCCCUCAAAAACCCCUGCUAUGACAUGAAGACCACCUGCUUGCCCAUGUUUGGCUAUAAACACGUACUGACGUUAACCGACCAGGUGACCCGCUUCAACGAGGAGGUGAAGAAGCAGAGUGUGUCACGAAACCGAGAUGCCCCAGAAGGUGGCUUUGAUGCCAUUAUGCAGGCCACAGUCUGUGAUGAAAAGAUUGGCUGGAGGAAUGAUGCAUCCCACUUGCUGGUGUUUACCACUGACGCCAAGACUCAUAUAGCACUGGAUGGAAGGCUGGCAGGCAUCGUCCAGCCCAAUGAUGGGCAGUGUCAUGUAGGCAGUGACAACCAUUAUUCUGCUUCCACUACCAUGGAUUAUCCCUCUCUGGGGCUGAUGACUGAGAAACUAUCCCAGAAAAAUAUCAAUUUGAUCUUUGCAGUGACUGAAAAUGUAGUUGAUCUCUACCAGAACUAUAGUGAGCUCAUCCCAGGGACCACGGUAGGGGUUCUAUCUGCAGAUUCCAGCAAUGUCCUCCAGCUCAUUGUGGAUGCGUAUGGGAAAAUCCGGUCUAAAGUAGAGCUGGAAGUGCGUGACCUCCCAGAGGAGUUAUCGCUAUCCUUUAACGCCACCUGCCUCAACAACGAGAUCAUCCCAGGCCUCAAGUCUUGUGUGGGACUCAAGAUUGGAGACACGGUGAGCUUCAGCAUCGAGGCCAAGGUGCGUGGCUGUCCCCAGGAGAAAGAGAAGUCCUUCACCAUCAAACCCGUGGGCUUCAAGGACAGCCUCACUGUCCAGGUCACCUUCGACUGUGACUGUGACUGCCAGGCCCAGGCUGAGCCUUACAGCCGCCGCUGCAACAAUGGCAAUGGGACCUAUGAGUGCGGGGUGUGCCGCUGUGGGCCCGGCUGGCUAGGGUCCCAGUGCGAGUGCUCAGAGGAGGACUACCACCCCUCCCAGCAGGAUGAGUGCAGCCCCCGGGAGGGCCAGCCUAUCUGCAGCCAGCGGGGAGAGUGCCUCUGUGGCCAGUGCGUUUGCCACAGCAGUGACUUUGGCAAGAUCACGGGCAAGUACUGCGAGUGUGAUGACUUCUCCUGUGUCCGCUACAAGGGAGAAAUGUGCUCAGGUCAUGGCCAGUGCAGCUGUGGGGACUGCCUGUGUGACUCUGACUGGACCGGCUACUACUGCAACUGUACCACCCGCACCGACACCUGCAUGUCCAGCAACGGGCUGCUGUGCAGUGGCCGGGGCAAGUGCGAGUGUGGUAGCUGUGUCUGCAUCCAGCCGGGCUCCUAUGGGGACACCUGUGAGAAGUGUCCCACCUGUCCAGAUGCCUGUACAUUUAAGAAGGAGUGUGUGGAGUGUAAGAAGUUUGACCGGGGAAUCCUACAUGAGGAAAAUACCUGCAACCGUUACUGCCGCGAUGAGAUUGAGCCAGUGAAGGAACUCAAGGACACUGGCAAGGAUGCAGUGAAUUGUACGUACAAGAAUGAAGAUGACUGUGUCGUCAGAUUCCAGUACUAUGAAGACCACAGUGGGAAGUCCAUCCUCUAUGUGGUGGAAGAGCCAGAGUGUCCCAAGGGCCCUGACAUCCUGGUGGUCCUGCUUUCUGUGAUGGGAGCCAUUCUGCUCAUCGGUCUGGCCACGCUGCUCAUCUGGAAACUGCUCAUCACCAUCCAUGACCGCAAAGAGUUUGCAAAAUUUGAGGAAGAACGAGCCAGAGCAAAAUGGGACACAGCCAACAAUCCACUGUAUAAAGAGGCCACAUCCACCUUCACCAAUAUCACCUACCGGGGCACCUAAUGACCAGCGGUCAUCCUCAGAUCAUUAACAGACUAUGCCAGCAUUGUGGGAGUCUCUGCUGCCAUGUUUACAGAAGACAGUACUUGUGGGGUGGGAUUUGGGGUGUGGAGUGGACUGGGGUGGGAGAAUGUGUGGAAGUGUGGGUCUCGUGUGUGUGUGUGUGUGUGUGGAUAAGUGUAUUUCGUGUGGGGAAGUGUGUAAUUUAAAACUUGUGAUAUGUUCUGAUAAGUGGAGUUCAUCAACUUUUGUUCCCAAAGUGCCUCCUUCAGGGAUUCUUCCUGCUUAGCUUGAGGGUGACUUACGGAGUUGAGCAGGUGUUCUUCAUUACCUCAGUGAGACGUCAGCUUUCCUUGUCAGACCAGUCUCCCUGAAGAAAAGGGCAGGGCUGAGGCCUCUCAUUCCAGAGGAAGGGAUGCCAAGCCUUGGCUCUAUCCUGAGUUUAUAAGUUUAUGGUUCUUGGGUUCGAUUCCCAGCAUUUCUUGCAGGAACUGUUGGGCUUGGCAGCUCAAGUGUCUCACCUGUACCUCUCUCCUUUCUCUUCUUUUAGUCUGGAGGAGGAGGCAGAGAGCUGAACCUUCAGAAUUGCCUGUGCCCUUUGCUAUUACCUCAAUUCAACUAUGGUUCUCUCAUAAAGGAAGUCCUUGUUACCUAUUUUUUGACCUGUUGAGAAUGAAGAUGGCAAGGCCACUCAGGGGUUGUAAUACAACCCUUUAGAUUUGCCUUCUGGUCAGCUGUGUUCUGGAGGUUCACUUAGAAGAAGCAUGGCACCCUUAGACCACCACAUCUCUUUACCUCCUAUUUCCACACCUUCACUGCUGUCCAUGUUUGCUAUGUACUGGGAAUUUCUCACAUCACCAAUAUUUUUCCUCCAAGGAAGAGUUCUAUGGUAGAGCCAGAGAUCUAGCCCUACCUUUCAGGCCUUCUGCCCUUUGUCCAAGGCACCUCUACACACACAACCCUGUGCCUCUGUGUGCUACAUCCAUCCAUGGAGCUGAUUGCAUUUAUCUACCUCUUGGGUGUCUUGUGAAGGAAUCAUUCCUGUGAGCAUGCUGGGCAUAAGUGCCAGGAUGGAAUGAUGGGUCAGUUGUAUCAAUAUGUGUGGCCUGUUCUUCUAUGGGCCGGACAAUCUCACUCUAACUCAGUCUUUAAUCUAGGAGGCCACAAGUGCAAUUUUCUUUUAUUUUUUUUCUUCGGGGCACUAUGAUGAGGUUUGCUUACUCUAGAAGAACAUGUAUAUAAACAUAUUUACAUUGUAUUUGUAAUUUUAUUUGAUGAUGAAGAAAAGAAGCAUUAAAAACCCACAUAGUCUUGGUUGGCACAUGGACACUGCCACUUGGCAUUAUUCAUAGCAAGUUGCUGGGUCUAUAAGAGGCUCUCUUGUCCUGCGGAUGGAUGUGAGGAUGGAUGUAUGGACCUUUCCUGAGGAGGAGGGACUGUUCUUUUGUCCCAAUAAUAGCAGUUGUGCCAUUAGUUUUGACAUCCAUCCAUUAUUAAACUCCAUCAUCUGCUGCCUAAAAAAAAGGGAAAGAUAUAAAUAGUGGUCCAGUGAUCAGAAAUCUUGACCUCAGUGUUGUAGCAAAGAACUCUUUAAUCUUCAUUAAGGCAAGUCACUUUCUUCUCUCUGGGGCUCAAUUUUCUCUUUUGAAAAAUGAUGUGUUUUGACCAGCCAAUCCUGAAGGUCUCUUUCAGUAGUAACAUUCUAAGAUAUUGGGAGUUAGUGUAGCAUGGAACAUACAGUCAAGAUUGCUGUGAGAAACUGAUAGAUAUAUAUUUUUAAUUGAAAGAGGUGAGAGACCUGGAUUUGGUAAGAGCAGAUGUUAUACCAUCUUUCUUUAUGAGAGUCUCAUCCUGUGCACUCUCCAAACUCUUUCAACUUUUGUUAAUAGUUAGCAUCUCCUGAUGUAGCACUUAAGCUCCAUUUACUUGUUAUUUGUUACUUAACUUUGUACACAUUUGCAUCCACAUAUUAGGGAAGAAGAAUCCAUCUCAAGUAGCUGAGAAUGUAAAUUCUGUAUCCUUAUGCUAACAUCAAGAAUAAGGCUUGGAGUUAGGACUGGGCAACGACUGAGCCCUGUUUCACCCACGGAUUCCUCCUGACUGUAGGGACUAGGAAUAGGGUAGAGAGAUAGAUGGGGCAGAGGAAGCAGUGAUCAUGAAUCCAGCUCGUUUAGAACUAAUUAGAACCUUCAGCUACUGAGAGUCCAUGAGAGUAAUAGCGGGGCAUUUUCCUAGAUAAGCUUAUUCAUAUAAAGAAACUACAUCAAAGGAGGAAGAAAGUGUGUCUAAAGAAUGAAUGAGUGGGGAUGGUGCAUGAACUUCUGAAAUGAAGCUCACAGGCCUUGUAAACCAGUCCUGUUCAUAUGUGGGAGUGACCGGUACCUGUGUCCAGAUAAUAGCAAGUAGCAGUCCGUUUUGGCAUAAUGUAGCGUGGACAUCUAGACAGUAUUCUGGCACUAGACAACACAGUGCAAAGGGAUUGUGCCCAGCUCUUUUGGAGACGGUUCACAUCUAGCCUCAGAAUCCAUGGACAAUAAUAGGAAACUGACAUUCCUGACAAGUUGCCAUACUAGGAGUCAGUUCCUUAUGUCUCAGCUAUUCCUAGACCUCAUGGUUUCAAGCCACUUCUGUUUUUUGAAUUACUUAAGUGCUUUCCUGACUUCCUAAUCACCUUCUUUGGGUUGUGAAUUAAACAUGCUUUCCAAAAAGAA